AUGCCGCGCGAGACGCAAGCCGAGGAGAACUUCACUCUUGACAGGUGUCCCGCCUGCGGGCGGAUGCGCUAUCUGAACCAUGACAUGGAAUUUCGAGUCUCGACGAUAUGCUACCAUGCCAUUUGCACGGUGUGCAUCCGCAACAACUUCCACCAGGGCCCCAGCAAAUGUCCGAUCAUGUCCUGCGGGAAGACCCUCCGCACCAAAGACUUCAAGAAAGCGUGGUUUCAGGACUUGGGCAUCCAGCGCGAAGUCGACAUUCGGCGACGCGUCGCCACGGUCUUCAACAAGGUAGAGGAGGACUUCCAAGAUCUCGACAGCUACAACGCGUAUCUGGAGGAUGUCGAGUGCUUGACGGACGACCUGGUCAAUGGAGACGACGACAAGAAGAAGCUUGCCGAACUCAAGUUGCAGCAGUGGGAGGCCGAGCACCGCGCCGAGAUCGAGAGGAACAGACGCUUGGCGAACGAGUCCGAAGCCACACGAAGAAAACGCAUGGCCGCCGAGGAGGCCCUCGCACAGCAGCGCCGCGAGCUGGAAAUACAAGAGGAAGCCGAGGAGAAGCUCAAGGAGCGCAAGUUCAGGGAGGAGAUGCUGGACUCCUUACAGCAAGGCGAGCAGGGCAAGGCGAACGAGGCGGUCAACAAGAUCCUGCUCAAGAAACGAGGACAGCACAAGAAGGAUGUUGCCAUGGAAGCUGCUGGCGCGCCCGCAUUGUCGAUACGCGGUCUGGUCGAUAAGAAGAGAACAGCCGCGGUCGUCGACGAAGGCCCGUACGACCCAUUCAUGGGGCUGGAUCUUUUACCUACGCGGGUGGACGUUUCAAAGGAGCGCUUGGCCCAGUACGACAACGAUACCCUGAAAAAGGUCAAAAUGGACGACGCUUGGAAGGCCGGAGGUUACAGUGCCGAGGAAUACCUCUCCAGAGCGCUGUUCGAGGCAUUCGCAGGCCUGGGUGUAUUCGUUGACGAAGAAAUGGGCGAGCGCGGCGUGUCGACGCAAGGAGCUGCGCAGGCCGCCGCUACGGGCGUCACGGGAGGGAAGAUGGACAUUGAUUGA